UCAAUUCUCAUAUCUUUGAUUCGCUAUCAAAGACAAAGUACAAUUCUUCUCUCUGAUUGGCUGAUUUUAUAGGAAGAUUAUUUGGUCAGCGGUUAUUCGCAUCAAAAUACAAUAUGGCUACAGACUAGAAGCACAAAAUGUCGAAAUUACCGAACAUGUCUGGGGAUUUAUUGUCAUUGUGUCUACGAAAUGGAUUUAUAACCAAAUCAACUGAGGGACUGUACAGCUAUGGUCCUCUUGGUGCGGAAUUGAGGAGAAAUUUGCGUUCUUUUUGGUGGCAAGAAAUGGUGACUUCAAAAGGCAGUGUGAAUGGUGUCGAGAUAUCGUCAUUUUCCAGGAAUAUUUCCAUAAACAAUGCAAAAAGCGAUAGCAAAAAUACAAGCAACAAAGGGUCAGGGAAGUCGUAUCAAAUUGUUGAUACACAGAAAUUAAUAAAACGAUUUAAGAAUUUGUUACAAACGAAUGAAAUUCGUGAUGUAGAUUUGAAGAGUUGUUUUGAAGAGAAUUUUUUUGGACAUUCCCUGUCAUUGCCAGCCCUAGAUGGUAUAGUUGACGAAGGUCUUAAUAUGAUCAGUAACCUCAGUCAUACUGGAAAUCUGAUACAGUUGCCUUACGGGUUGGCUUGGUGUGGAAAAUAUUACAACAUGUGUGAUAAUGCAUCUAAUAGUUUUCAGGAGGAAGAGUAUUUAAACUUGCUUUUCACCUGUAGCGAUGUCCAUGCUCAACAUUGGUCCAAUUUUUGGAACAGGUGCCGACUAACAUGGUGGAAAAAGAUCGCAAAUGUUCCUUCAAACUUUAUGCUUCUUGAUCAAUCCAAUGACAUAUCUAACAACAAUGGGAACAUGGAAAUAAAGUAUGAUGUCCAAGCAUUUCAAGAUCCAUUGGAUACCAUCAAAAAAAUGACAGGUGACAGUUUAGAUGGUGAUAUAAUCAAUUGUCUGACAACACAUGAUGGAACAUCAUUACUCCUCAUCCAAAUCUCCACCAGUCUAGACCAAGCAUUUAGUGCACUGAUGACAGAUGCUUUUAAAGAAAAAGAGCUUGCUGACAGCUGUGGCCAUGUGUCUGUACGUCCAGUGCUUAACCUUCAUCCACUCGUUGCCCCUGUUAAAGUGUCUCUGGUGCUGGAAGAUGCCAGCAAGAAAGACUUGAUGGAAGUCAGUCAUCAACUGGCAACAGAGCUCAGGCAGGCAGGCAUCAAUGUCACAUGUGAGGACUCGGCAACACCAGAGGAGUGUUAUGGGUACAAUGAUGGCAUAGGCACCCCGUACUGCAUAACUAUCAUGGAAUCAACACUCUCUAAUGGCAUCAUAGCCUUCCGCAGUAGGGACACUACAUUGCAAGAGUAUCUACACAUCUCAGAUGUGCUUAAUACGGUGCAACAGCAUAUAGGAAUGUAGGCAACAAGGUAGAGAAUAACUAAUAUGUAAAAUGAAAAAAUAUGAAAAAAACGUUUUUUUGUUUUA